CAGCCGCGUCUUGCUCUCGCGCUCCCUCUGGUCCACAGCGGGCGGCCGCCGCGCUGCUGAGGCCAUGCUGCUGAAACAUUACCUUCUUCUGCUGGUGGGCUGCCAAGCCUGGAGCUCGGGGCUGGCCUACUAUGGCUGUCCCAGUGAGUGCACCUGCUCCAGGGCCUCCCAGGUGGAGUGCUCGGGGGCGCGCAUUGCGGCGGUGCCCACCCCCUUGCCCUGGAAUGCCAUGAGCCUGCAGAUCCUCAACACGCACAUCACCGAACUCAACGAGUCCCCGUUCCUCAACAUCUCGGCCCUCAUUGCGCUGAGGAUCGAGAAGAAUGAGCUGUCCAACAUCAUGCCCGGUGCCUUCCGUAACCUAGGCUCCCUGCGUUACCUCAGCCUUGCCAACAACAAGCUUCAGGUUCUACCUAUUGGCCUCUUCCAUGGUCUGAACAACCUUGAGUCGCUCCUUCUGUCCAGCAACCAGCUGGUGCAGAUCCAGCCGGCACACUUCUCCCAGUUCAGCAACCUCAAAGAGCUACAGCUGCAUGGCAAUCACCUGGAAUAUAUCCCCGACGGCGUCUUCGACCACCUGGUGGGCCUCACGAAGCUCAAUCUAGGCAAGAAUAGCCUCACCCACCUCUCACCCAGGAUCUUCCAGCGCCUGGGCAACCUCCAGGUCCUCCGGCUGUAUGAGAACAGGCUCUCCGAAAUCCCCAUGGGCACGUUUGAUGGGUGCGGAAGCCUCCAGGAGCUGGCCCUCCAGCAGAACCAGAUUGGUAUGCUCUCCCCUGGCCUCUUCCACAACAACCGUAACCUCCAGAAGCUCUAUCUGUCCAACAACCACAUCUCCCAGUUGCCUCCUGGCAUCUUCAUGCAGCUGCCCCAGCUCAACCGUCUCACCCUUUUUGGGAAUUCCCUGAAGGAGCUCUCUCCGGGGAUCUUUGGGCCGAUGCACAACCUGCGUGAGCUUUGGCUCUACGACAACCACAUCACUUCUAUCCCGGACAACGUCUUCAGCAACCUCCGCCAGCUGCAGGUGCUGAUCCUCAGCCGUAACCAGAUCAACUACAUCUCCCCAGAUGCCUUCAACGGGCUGGCGGAGCUUCGGGAGCUGUCCCUCCACACCAACGCGCUGCAAGAGCUGGACGGGAGCGUCUUCCGCAUGCUGGUCAACCUGCAAAACAUCUCCUUGCAGAACAACCGCCUCAGACAGCUCCCGGGGAAUAUCUUUGCCCACGUCAAUGGCCUCAUGACCAUCCAGCUGCAGAACAACCAGCUGGAGAACCUGCCCAUGGGCAUCUUUGAUCACCUGGGGAACUUGUGUGAGCUGCGUCUCUAUGACAACCCCUGGAGGUGUGACUCAGACAUCCUUCCGCUCCACAAUUGGCUCCUGCUCAACAAGCCCAGGUUGGGGACGGAUACUCUCCCAGUGUGUUUCAGCCCACCCAGCGUCCGAGGCCAGUCCCUCAUCAUCAUCAAUGUCAACGCGGUUGUCCCCAGUGUCCAGGUCCCAGUGAUCCCUGAGGUGCCCAGCUACCCAGAGACACCACAGUACCCAGACACACCCAGCUACCCUGAUACCACCUCCAUCUCCACCACUGACUUCACCAGCCCCAUGGAGGACUACACGGAUCUGACCACCAUUGAGGUCACUGAAGACCGCGGCACAUGGGGCAUGACCCAGGCCCAGAGUGGGCUGGCCAUCGCUGCCAUUGUCAUCGGCAUCAUUGCCCUGGUCUGUUCUCUGGUUGCCUGUAUCUGCUGUUGCUGUUGCAAGAAGAGGGACCACACAGUCCUGAUGCAGAUGAAGGCACCCAAUGAGUGCUAAAGAGGCGGGGCAGGGGCAGGGCUGGGGAACCCUGCGGCUGCUGGAGGAUCUGGGCGUUUCAUCGCUGCACCUCCAACCCUGGGUCCACAGAGCAACCCCCGCUCCCUCUCGCUGGUCCCCGAGAGAAAGGUGCGCCCCACCUUUUCCUGACCUGCCUGGUUCUCCUCUAGAGAACUAUAGGAGAACCAGAUCUUGUGGGACUUCCUGCCACCAGGGAGAUCCCACUGGCCAUGGCAAAACCCCGUGGGGUUUCUCAUUCUCAUCCCUGGGCUUCAUUUGAGAAAGCCCUUCUCCACAGCCUCAUCAGCUCUCCUCCGACAACAAGCUUCCUUGCGUCCCGGGUCCUGCUGGCCUCAGUAGACUCAAUCACUACGCCUGCUCACUUUGUGGGAAUAGUUCUCCACAGGGACGGCUUCUCUCCCAAGUAGGAUGUAAGUUGAUUUCCCUUUCUUCGCUCCGCUCCCGGCCGUGGCAUGGCUCUCCCUGGUCCCCGCAAAUGAAAGGUCUCCCUUGAUUUUCUGCUCCUGAAGGCAGGGUGAGUUCUCUCCUCACAGAAGGCUUCCACCCCCUCAGCUGGGUUCUUCAGAGCUGCCAAGCACCUGGCUUUCAGGACGCCAUGAAAGAGGUCCCUCCGUGCCCACAGAGAGAGCUGCUGUCAGCAUCUCUCACGGGAUGGAUACCCGGAAAAGGAAGACAGGCACCUGGGCAACACAUCAGCCUCACAGAGAUUUCCAAACCGCAAAUUUUGCUUGGAAAAUGUUGGUCCUUUGAGGAAUAAGAUAUGUAGAAUGUCUGACCUUUAACAACCUGGAAAAUCAGCUUACUGGUACUGCAUGAAGAAAGCACCCUGGUACCAGGGGUGUAUGGGGGGGGGGUCCUUAUGUUCAUUCCUAAGGUUUGUCUCUUUUAGCUUCCUACCAAAGUAUAACACGUACAGAAACGUGGGAGUGUGACUGUGUAGAUCACGUGAUGGCUCUUCACAAACAGUUCACACCCAUGUAACCAGUAUCCAGACCAAGAAACAGGACAUCACUAGUAUCCUCCAUCCCAGGCUUUUACGGGGGGAGACAGGCUGGUGGAGAUGGGUCCCCAUGAGCCAGGACGGUCCCUUCAUGCCCCUGCCAGCCUGCCCUUGCUGAGGCCCAGCUGCCAGGGGUGGAGGAGACGAUGUGGGUACGUUGUUAGCAGAUCCCCCCACCCCGCGGCCCCCAGAAUGACCCGGUCAGAGGCAGACAGCAGAGAUCCCCACAGACACACACGCUUCUCUGCCAGCAAGCUGUCUGCUGCUUAGCAGAGGCCUUUCUGCCUGGGCCUUUUCUGGGCAUGUUCUGCCUCUAUCUGUUUUUAAUUUUCACUUUCCAUUUGGGGGAAGCGAAAUAGUUCCGAGAUGAGAUCCUUCGAUUGAACAGCCAAGUGUAGUGGAACCUGGUGAUCUUUCCAGGGUGGUAAAAUUCUCCAUCAGUGUUCCAGUCAGCUAGACACUGAAGUUCAGAAUGUUCAUAUAUGGGAGGCAAUGUCAGGGUACACAGAUAGGUCACCCUGUGUCUGGGGGGCUCUCUGGAGUUCCUGCUGCCUGUGGCCUGCUUGUUAAGACUUGAGCUGUCUGGUGCACAGUUAUCGCCCUCCUCGAGUGCUAGCCACAUAAAUUCACCACCCUUCCUGCCAGCCAUGUACUCACACCAGUAAAGAAAUUGUGCUCGUGGCAACUCAUGUCUUUGUCCCGACAAGUGGUCUGCCAGUUCAGAAGUGAAAACCAUGACAUGGAGAAUUUCAGGUUUCUGUGUUUGUCCAGGAAAGAACUUCAGGAGGUGCUGUAAGGAUUUGGAAAUCCUGACUGGCUCUUACUAGUUUCCUCUGUCCCACAAGACAAAUAAGAAAUCCCCUCAGACCUCCACGCGUGAUGCUGACGGGUCCCAGACAAAAAGGGUCCAGGAAGGGAUGUGUUUAAGAACUAGUUCACCGUAUAGUUUUCAUUCUCAGUCCAAGAGAAUCUGGGAAAGAUGGGGCCUGUCAAAGGCAAAAGACAUCUUCCCUCCAAGGUAAAUCUGGGUCUCCAAGAUGUUUUCAGAACAUUUAUAGCAACUGGGGGGACAUGUACCAAGACUUGCCAGGGGCCAAAAGGAAGUAAGCCCAGAGCCUGGGACAUGGGCAUCAUUCCACUGAUGGUGUCCUGCCUGAUUGAUCCUGGGGCCAUCGGGGGAGAUGGCAGAGAGGUGAGGAAGGAGUCCUUUUUACCCAGUAUGUCCUGCCAUUCUAAACCCAGAACCCCUGGGGAGUCCUGGCAUUGGGCAUGACACUGGAGUUCCUUUCCUCCCGGGCCCAAGAUAGCAACAUGUUUCUCCAGGCCACAGGUUGGCCCGAGGGCAGCUGUCCUCAGAUGUCUCCAUGUAGGAGCACCCCCCAGCUGGGAGUGGUGAACUCUUUACCCAAUGCUCUGAGCUUGCCUGAGUGGAUUGGAUGGAGCCCUUGGGCCUCCUCUUCCAUUGCAGACCUUUUGGCUCUCUGAACCAUGUUGUCUUUUCAGGGAACUACCAGAAAAGCUGGAUGGAGUUCCCUUUCCAAAAAGACAUCGCAUUUGUUCACUUCUCAGGCCUGGAGUGAGCUGCUUGGUCCCCCCAAGUUGAGGUAGGGCAUGGAGUCCACUUUAAUUUCCCUGUUUGCUCACUGGCCCCUAGGUCACCUUGUCAGUCCCAGCAGCCUCCAUUUGGAGCGAAGGGUCAGUGUUGGAGGAAAGAGAAUAAAAGCCAGUUAGAACCACUGUUUUUCAAGAGUGCCUACUGUGUAUAGAUAUCUUUAAAACGCAGAACGAGGAUCUUCUCUUUAAGCUUGACAACACCUCUCUGCAUAGGUACUAUUGUUACCCCUGGAAACGGGUCCAAACUCACUCUUCCUUCUGCAGCAUUUUCAGUGGGCUGUGGGUUUUCUUUUUCUCUUCACACUUUGUACAAGACCUCAUGGCCUGUCCUGGGCUUUUAUCUGUAAAGAAGAUGAGAAUCACUUUCCUGUUGCUUCCUAUAGUCUUAGCCAUCGGAACCUCCCUUGCUACCGUGUGGAUCAAAAGCUUUGUCAAUAUAGGCAAACAUUCAGCUCACCCACCCGCUAAAGAAAAAGAACAGUUUCAGGAAUCUGUUUCCACCCUCAGGAAGCUGGUGGAGAGCAGACAGCUAGAGAUAACUAGGUACAAGAGCUGGUAACCAGACACUGCUGUGCCCAAGCCUUUAGCUACAAACUGCUCACAGAGUUCAGCCCAUGGAUCCCACAGUCAGAACUGAAUCCUGGGGUGGCUGGGGAGGUGGUGGGUGGGGGCUCGGGGAGGAAGCCCUCUCCGUGGUUCAGAGAAGGGGGCGGGUGCUUCUCCAGGCCAUACUUCUGUCAGCUGAGCACUCUCCUUCACCUAAGGGAAGAUCGUUUUCACCAACCCAUUGCCUUCAUGCUGCCUUCAAAAGUAGAUCACGUUUGCCUCACUUAGAAUCAUUGCAAAUAGUCCCAGGUGCUUGGUGACGCAUUUAGAGAUUUCUAGGCCCCCAGGGUUUUAUAGAGUGUGAGCCCUGGUGGGCAGGGUUGGGGGUCCAUGUCUGCUGGAUGACAAAACUGGUAUACGGAAUCAACAAUAAAUGG